AUGUAUUCUUCAAGGUUACCCCUCCGUGUAAGGCUGGGACUUCGCGAAUAUUGGGAAGAUGCCAAUACGCCCGUCCAGGUGGCGCGUUCCGCUGUGAAGCAGCUUCUCGGGAUUGAUGUAGUAUUCAUCGUUGAGUGGGAACUCCUUAUCGUCGAGCUGGAUGAACACUAUCCAGAUAAAUCUACAUUGGUUCCUUCGAUCUCAGUGGGUGUUCAGGCAUUUCUCAAUGGACUAAGAGAGAUCUUGGAUAGCGAAGUCGAUCCGGAAUGGACCGAUACACUGCUGGAGCGUUGCAAUGGUAGCUUGAAGCUUUUGAUAGGGAUAUCCGAAGAAGCAGAAGUGUUCUGGUCUAGCAAAGAGGCGGGUCUUAAUGUCAAGCUUCCUAAGGGUAAAAUGCCAUCGUUGUUCGAAUUGCAACCGGUAUUCAAGGCCAAGUGUUUACAAUGCUUUGACGACCAGCAGUCAACCCUAGAUGACUGGGCGGAUUUAUCCAAGGAGGAUGCAAAUCACAACUCAACCAGCACAGGACCUCACCAACAUGCCACCGAUACAUUUCCAGAUAUUAGCCUUCUACAGCGCCCAGAUCAAUUACUGCUCAAACCGCCAUACCAUCUUGCCGUCUACAACACAGGAAGGGCUAAUGUCGAGAUACAGUGUAGCCAUAGUCCGACCCUGGAGUUGUUAGCAGAUUACCUCAAGAAAUGGUGUAAAACGAAUCCUCACCAAGCGUCGCGUCCUCCUGCGGUGGAAGUUAAAUUGCAUCAAUCGCCAUUUGGUCUAGGUCCUAUAUACGACCGCUUGACAUUAUCCGUGGAAGAAAGGAACUCGUAUUUUCUCGUGUCACCAAUGCUUGUUCUAUCAUUCAUAGAAGGGGUUCUGGGUUAUAAGAGUGUAUCUGUUGACGGAGGUUCUUGGAUUUUCCGAAAGGACAUCGAAUUUCGUAAAUAG